AUGGAAGUCAGUCACAGCCAAAACAAAUACAAAAACACAACAUAACAAACGAGAGAAAAUAUUUGAAUUGAAAACAGGCAAUUUGCAAUUAAUCAAUUACCUGAUUGGCCAGCAUGUCCAAGCGCAACAAGGAGGGGGACGAGGCGCUACGGAAGAGGCUCGCCAAAUUGCGUUUCAAGAGAUUGGUCCGAGUCGCCUUUGCGAACCAAAAAUGGAUCAGCGAGGUGGACGAACAGGGCCUUACCUUGAAUGUGAAGAAGAAUGUGGCGAUGCUGGUGCGCAAGAAGCACAAGACUGGCAUAUUGACAAUGGCGCAAAAAGGCUUGCUAGCCACCCCGCAUCACACCCGGACCAUUCCCGAGCGAAAGAGCCUGUGCACAAUCGUCGCUGGACUCGGUUGCUUUACCCAAGUGCCGCCGAAGAUUCGAGCUCGUCUGGUGCCCUACCUACACUUCAUGGUCGUCACUACGGGUCGCACCUUGAUGAAGGAGGCCGAUGAGCCGACUUGUGUCUACUUUGUGGUCAGCGGUGAGGUCGAGAUGUCCAGAAAGAUAUGGAAUAAGAUCACCCGCAAGUUCGUAUCGAAGCCUGAGGCAUUCUUUGGACCGGGCGACUGGAUCGGUGAGAUUGAGCUGUUAGAGGAAGACCUGAGAAUGAAUACCUAUAAGGCCACAACUAAUUGCGAAAUUCUGGUACUAGAUGACUUUGACUUCAAGGCGUUGCUCAGGCCGUAUGUGAAAAAGGUUUGGAUCGAAAAGAAGAAGGCGAUUGCCUCGCUGAGCUAUCUGAAAUUUAUGAGCGAUUCGCAAAUUGUGAGCGCCUGCAAAUUUGGCAUCUUAAGGCAAUACGAACCCUUGGGCACAAUAUAUCCCGAGGAGAAGGACAGCAUACAAUAUGUGCACUUCGUUCUAAGCGGCGAAUGCGUUCUUUUACAGUGCCUCCACAUGAAGGUGUCCUAUGUGAGGGGCGAGGUCCAGUAUGAGCUAUCCAAGGUGAUCGAGGAGGACUCGGACAAUGAGGCAGAGGACGAAAAGCCGGAGCCGUUCGAUGUUAGGGAACUGUUGCGCUCGAGCUCGUCGCUGGACGAAGCUGGAUACAAUAAAAAGAAGGCGAAACGCAAGGCGGAGUUCGCCAAAAUCGAGGCGCACUGCAAGCUCCUGAACAAAAGACUGCUGCCCGUGGAUGAGACGCCAAAGCCGCGUCUGACGCGUCACUCGCAUUAUUUCAAAUCGAUUGUGGAGGAGCGAACGCUUGGCCAUGACAUUCAGUUUGAGGAUUACGACGAAGAGCAUUAUUCCACGGAUGACGACGACCUCAAUUCUAUCCGUCAAUCCCUGAACCGGGACAGGCGAUCCAGUCGACAGAGCAAACAGAGCAGACAGAGCAGACAGCGGGAGCUGAUCAGCACGGAGGCGGAGUCCGAGGAGUCGGAGGUAUAUACCGCCUCCUCGACGAGCUCGUCCAGUGUGCCCGUAUCGAUCAAAUCCCUGAAGCCUUACCGUGACGGCAAUUAUGCGACCCACUUUGUUGACAUCGGUUCGAUGACUUUUGGCGGCCUGUUCGGCGUGGGCGAGAAGGGGGAUCAUCGCGUUGUCAUGGCCCGUACGACAGUACAGUGCCUGCUGAUACCGCGCUACUGGCUCAUGGAGGAGGACCAAAAUCCGGGCCACAUCUGGCAGCGUAUGCGCUUCUACUUGGAUCGCUGUAUACCGUCGCGCGAGACGCUCUUCAAGGACUUCAUCAAGACACGUAAGUGGGCACAGUUCAAGGAGGAAUGUGUGGAGCCGUUUACGCACUCGGUCACAAAUCCGACCAAAAUCGAGGAUAUACCCGUCAUAAUACGUAUCGUUGAAUCGAAAGAGACGAAUCCCGAUCCUCGCGAUGCUUAGCUCAUUGGGCUCCCAAUUGCAAUUCCAAAUUUUCAUAUUAAAUUUCUUUACUUUUAUCAGA